AAAUUUUAUAAAAAAUGAAACUAGUUAGUACUCAGAAAGGAUUAGGAAGUAUUUUCCUGAUUGCUGUGUUGAUCUCAUCUACCUUUGCAGCAGUGAAGGAGGAUCUGGUUACUGAAGAUUUGCCAGGAUGCGGUCAUUACAACUUUGAUUCUUACUCCGGAUAUAUUCCUAUCGAUGAUCAUAACAAAUUCCACUAUGUUCUAGUCGAGAGUCAAAGCAACCCAGAAACAGACCCAUUUAUUAUUUGGUUCACUGGAGGCCCAGGAUGCUCAGGAAUGCUUGCUUACUUCAUGGAGAACGGACCAUGUGUCUGGGAUGGACUCGACACUGAUCCUGAACCUCAUCCAAAUGAAUACUCCUGGAACGCUAAAGCUAACGUUCUUUAUGUCGAUAACCCAGCUGGUGUUGGUUUCAACCUUGGAUACAGAGGAGAGUACUUGAAUGACAAAAUUGCUGGAGAGCAAGAACUUAACUUCACACUUGCAUUCUUUGAGAGAUAUCCAGAAUUCUUGUCAAAUGAACUUUAUAUCACCGGUGAAAGUUAUGGAGGAAUCUAUGUCCCAUACUUAGCUUAUAACUUGCACAAAGGAAAUCACACCACAAGAACUGGAGGAAAUUUAAAUCUUCAAGGAAUUGCUGUAGGAAAUGGUGUUACCGAUUGGAAAUAUGACGGAACUCCAGCUUACGUUGAGAUGUCAUUUGCUCACGGACUUAUCCCUCUAGAUCUGCAGAGGAGAAUUAAAGAAUCAGGAUGUUCCUUCAUUGAAGAAUCUGAGGAGGAUAUUCCAUUCUCAAGAGAAUGCCAGAGUCUCGGAAAUGAAUGGGCUUCUUAUAUCCAAAAAAUUAACGUGUACGAUGUAUACAGAGAACCGAGAGAUGGAGGACUCAUGAGCGAUAACUCUGUUGAGACCUUACUUAAGGGAGAAGAAGAUAGAGUUGGAUACACUCCAUUCUUAAAACACUUCAAAAACCAGACACCCUUCACCAUGCCUGUUCCACAAUAUAUGGAUAGAGAUGAUGUAAGGAGAGUUUUCCAUGUUACCGAAAAGAAGGAUGCCUUCCAAGCCUGUGUUAGGUUUAACUAUGAAAGACUCCCAGAGGCUUCUAUCUGGAUCUACCCCACUCUUAAGGAGGCUGGAUACAGAAUUCUCAAGUAUACAGGAGAUACUGAUGGAGCUGUCCCAACUUUAGGCACACUUGCCUGGAUUGAUGAACUAGGAUGGGAUCUUCAGGUAGACCAUGAACCUUUCGUUAGAAAUGGAAAAGUUGCCGGUUACUAUACCAAGAGAGAUGGCCUCGAGCUUGUUGUGUUCCAUGGAGUUGGGCAUCUCGUACCAAUGUGGAUGAGAGAAGAAAGUCAGGAGGUUCUCUAUAAAUGGAUAAAUGGACAAAGACCUUAG